AGUUCUAAGGGUGAAAUGAUAAAAUCCAUAUUGACUAAGUUGAAUUCACCCGCCAGCGAACAUUUCGUAGCCUGACUAGUCUCUUCUCCCCCAACUUUUUACAGGUGAAUAAUGGAAUGUUUAAGUAGAUUUUGCGUCGUCCGCCCGCCGCUAAGAACGCCAGUGCGGAAGAACAGGUGGGUUGGAGCGAAACUCAACGAUGAAGCUGACCCAUUACUCCAAUCCGCCAUUAAUGCCGCUUCUCUUCGUUUACGGGAGACCCAUCGACCUGAGCCCCUUUUCGUGGAUCCAUAUGCUGGUUGCUUUGUUCCUCCUAACGCUCAGGUUGAUCUUAACAAUUGCUCGGACCAUUAUUGUCUUGCAACGAAGUUCAUCGAUGGCAAGUUGCUUAGUUCAUUGAACCAAAUUGAUGGAGUCAAGCAGGUUGUUCUAUUAACAGAUGGCAUGGAUACUCGACCUUAUAGGCUUAACUGGCCAGCCUCAACCAUAAUUUUUGAUAUAUCCCCAGAAAGGAUUUUCAGAAGUUCAGCUGAGAAGCUUGAAGCUGUUGGGGCUAAGCUUCUCAGGAGUUGCUUGGCACUUCAUGUUCCCAUGGAAUCUCCAGGCAUAGAAGAAACUCUGCGCUCAAAAGGCUUCAGCGGUAGUCGUCCGAGUACAUGGGUCAUCCAGGGUCUACCAGUGAUGACUUUGGCAAGUUUCAAAGAGAUUCUAUACCUUGUAAGUGGUUUGGCUACGAAAGGAUGCCUUUUCAUGGGAGAAUUGCCUGUGUGGUUGGCAGAAACUGAAGUUGGGAUUAAGUCGGAUACAAAGAAAUGGACGGACAAACUUUUCAUGAGGAAUGGCUUCAGGGUGGACAUUAUCAGCUUCAGUCAUCUAGCGAGGAGCUUUGGCAAGGAAUUAUCACCAGGAGGCUAUGAUAAUAUACUAUUUGUUGCAGAGCAAUUGAGAUUUUCUGAUGACCAGAUGGAAACAUGGAGGAGAGAGUUUCAGAGGAUAGAAGAAGAAGGGGACGAAGAAGGAUUUGAAGAGCUUUAACUGUAAAUGAAAAAGACAUUUGUAAUUGCAAUUGCACCUUGAGUUCUUCAUAUUGUUUGUUGAUAAAUUAUCAGACUGUACAGAGACGUAAUGUAGCAAUUGUGACACGUUCUGCUGUUUUACACAUGUGAUUAUAAUUCAGAAUUUCUGCA